AUGACCAGCUUCAGGGGUGCCAUCCUUAUCUGGGCAGUGGCAGCAUGGGCUAAAAUGAACAAAUCUCUGGGAGACACAGAUGAGGAUGGAUUUCAAAAAUGCAAGAAUACCUUAAAACUACCUGUUCUGGCAGUCUUACCUGGAGGCGGCUGGGAUAAUCUGCGGAAUGUGGACAUGGGACGGGUGAUGAGCUUGACUUACACCCACUGCAGGACCACAGAGGAUGGACAGUACAUCGUCCCUGAUGAGGUCUUUACCAUUCCCCAGAAAGAGAGCAACCUGGAGAUGAACUCAAAAAUCCUGGAGUCCUGGGAGAAUUACCAGAGUAGCACCUCUUACUCCAUCAACAUGGAGCUCUCCCUUUUUUCCAAAGUCAAUGGCAAGUUCUCCCCUGAGUUCCAGAGGAUGAAGACCCAUCAGGUGAAGGACCAAGCUGUAACUACCCAGGUUCAGGUAAGAAACCUGGUCUACACAGUCAAAAUCAACCCAGAUGCAGAGCUAAGCUGGGGGUUUAAGAAGGAGCUCAUGGACAUCUCUGAGCGUCUGGAGAACAACCAGACGCGGAUGGCCACCUACUUGGCGGAACUGCUGGUCCUCAACUAUGGUACCCAUGUCAUCACCAGUGUGGAUGCAGGGGCUGCUCUCAUUCAGGAGGACCACAUCAGAUCUUCCUUGCUCCAGGACAGCCAGAGCAGCCGCAGUGCAGUGACAGCAUCCGCUGGAAUCACCUUCCUAAACAUCGUGAACUUCAAAUUUGAGGAGAACCACACCUCCCAGAACGCCUUCACCAAGAGCUACCUCUCCAACCGAACCAACUCCAGGGUGCAAAGCAUUGGAGGGCUUCCUUUUUACCCAGGCAUCACCCUCCAGGCCUGGCAGCAGGGCAUCACCAACCACCUGGUGGCCAUGGACCGAGCUGGCCUGCCUCUGUAUUUCUUCAUCAACCCUGACAGGCUGCCUGACUUGCCAGGACCCUUGGUGAAAAAGCUGUCUAAGACAGUGGAAACUGCUGUGAGAUGCUAUUACACAUUCAACACCUACCCCGGCUGCACAGAUAUCAACUCGCCCAACUUCAAUUUCCAGGCCAACAUUGAUGAUGGCUCUUGCGAGGGGAAAAUGACCAAUUUCUCCUUUGGCGGGGUUUACCAGGAAUGCACCCAGUUCUCAGGGAAUGAGGUUGUCCAACUCUGCCGAAACUUGGAGCAGAGGAAUCCACUCACUGGCGAUUUCUCCUGCCCCUCUGGCUACACCCCAGUCCAGCUGCUAUCCCAGACCCAUGAGGAGGGUUACAACCACCUCGAGUGUCCACGGAAGUGUACCCUCCUCAUCUUCUGCAAGACGGUGUGUGAAGAUGUCUUCCGGGUGGCCAAGGCAGAAUUUAGGGCUUUUUGGUGCGUGGCCAGUGGCCAAGUACCUGAAAACUCAGGACUUCUUUUUGGUGGCCUCUUCAGCGGUAAGAGCAUCAACCCUUUGACAAAUGCACAGUCAUGCCCAGCUGGCUAUUUUCCAUUGAGACUUUUUGAAAACCUCAAGGUAUGUGCCUCUCAGGACUAUGAGUUGGGAUAUAGGUUUUCCGUCCCAUUUGGUGGGUUCUUUAGCUGUGCCGUUGGGAACCCCUUGGUGGAUUCUGCCACGUACAAAGAUUUAAGGGCACCUUCUCUAAAAAAGUGUCCGGGGGGUUUCAGCCAACACCUAGCCCUCAUCAGUGAUGGGUGCCAAGUGUCUUACUGCGUCAAAGCUGGGCUUUUUACAGGAGGGUCUCUGCCUCCCGUCAGGCUCCCACCUUAUACCCAACCACCCCUCAUGAGUCAGGCUGCCACCAACACUGUCAUAGUGACUAAUCUUGAGACUGCAAGCUCCUGGAUUAAAGAUUCCCAGACCCACCAGUGGAGGCUUGGAGAGCCUCUCGAGCUUCGCAGGGCCAUGAAGGUCAUCCAUGGGGACAGUAGUGGUCUGUCUGGAGGGGCCGCAGCCGGGGUCACACUGGGGGUCACCACCGUCCUGGCAGCUGUCAUUGCCCUGGCCAUCUAUGGCACCCGGAAGUACAAGAAGAGGGGAUACCAGGUGGUCCAAGAUGAGAGGGAGAGUUUGGUUAGAGACACGGCCGUGAAUGGAGACGCCCUUGACCAAGAACAGGUGCAGAGUCCAGCCUAG